AUGCGUGUGCUAUGCCUAAUUGUCUUGUUAGUAGCCGUCAGCGGCCUCUUUGCAUUGCCUUCACCUCACGUGGACUAUAGAAGUUCCUUAAGGUCACCGAGAGUGAAACGCCAAUUCGGAAUGGGCGGAUGGGGAUGGGGUGGUCCUUGGGGUGGAAUGGGUGGAAUGGGUGGAUGGGGUGGCCCAUGGGGUGGUGGCAUGGGCGGAUGGGGAUGGUAA